AUGUUUAAACCCUAAAUGAUAGAAGAUGAAAAAGAUUUUCAUUGUGUAAAUAAACACGAAGAUAAAAAUAAGUUGGUUGUGCUUGAUGAAAAUAUUGAAAGGAAACAAAGGAUUUGGUGCAGCAGUUGCAUGUAGAUUUUAUAAACAGAUGCCAGGGUUGUUGGAAUAAAAAUAAUAAUCAAGAAAAUUGAGGAUGUUAUUGAAACUAAUGUGAGAACCUUAGAAGCUAUUACUUCAAACACAAUUCAAAAAAUAAAACUGUGUAUAACUAGUGUAUAGGAAAUAAAGAGACACUUUAUGAAAUUAUUUGACUCAAUCAUUAGAACAGCUGAAGAUUGGACUUAAAAUUUAUAAUCAUAAAGAUAAAAGUUCAAUUAAUACAGUUUCUAUGAUGAGUUAGAUAACCUUAUUAAUAAAGAGAAUAAAAAUCUUGAUUCUCACAUCAAGCUCAUUACUACUAUUAAUAAAUCUUGGAUAACAAAGCUAAGCAAGACCUUAAUCUAAUUUAAUCAAAAUAAAGAUAAAUUAAACUUGUAAAAAUUUUAUGAACAAAUUAUGAACAUCGGUUAAUCUAAUUUAUCACAACAAUAUUCGAUAAAAUUAUAAUUAAUUAAUUAAUCUGUUAAAUAAUGGGAAAAAUGUUAAGCAAUAGUUUUUAAUAGAACUGGGUCAAUUAUGGUAUCAACAGAAAAGAAUGACAUUAAAGUAUGGAGUUUUCUAAAUGGAACAAUUAAUAUAUUAAAUACUUUAUAAGGACAUACUGAUUAGGUAUUAUGCAUAGUUUAUAGUAACAAAUAAGAUUCUUUAAUUUCAUGUUCUUAAGACAAAACAAUAAGGUGCUGGCAAUUGGACUUAAAUGAAUGGAAUUGUUCAUAACCUUAUUAAUAACAUACAGAUUCUGUUAUAUGUAUAGUAUUGAAUUCAAAUGAAGAUUUACUAUUUUCUGGAAGCUUUGAUAAAUCUAUCAAAGUUUGGAAGGUUGAUUUUAACCAAAAUAAAUUGAAAUUUCUGUAUUCACUCAAUAACCAUAAUAAUGAUGUUGUUAAUUUGAGUUUAAAUUAAUCAGAGAAUUUAUUAGUAUCCUGUGCAAAAGGUUACAAUUAAAUUAUUAUUUGGGAAAGAAAAGAAGAAGAUAAGUUUGAAUUCAAAUAUUUUGUUACAUAACCAUUUUAAGAGUAUGGGCAUAAAGUUAAAUUUAUUAAAGAAAAUUAAUUUAUUUUGGUAACUAAUGCUAAUUAGAUAGAUAAAAUUUUUAUUUUUGAAAGAACAAAAGAAGACUUUUAAGUGAAUUAGAGUAAGACUAUUCAUUUAUUGACAAAUAAUAAAAUUUAUGAUGAAUAUCAUUUUCCAAUUAUUUAUAAUAAAGAGAGGAAUUUGAUAGUCCUAAGAUAUAAAAUGAUUAUUUAUAUCCUUAGAGAAUUUAAUGAUGGGAAAUACAAUAUAGUUGAUUAAUUGAGUUGUGCUACAUUUAGUAUAUAUGGAACUAUCACAAAUAAUGGACAAUAUUUGGUGUAUUGGGAUAACAAAAAUCAAGGAUAUUCCAUAUAUGAAUUAUAAAAUAAAUGA